CAACAGCAAUAACAAGAAUCAUAAUCAUAAAUUUUUUUCCCUGUGAUUGAAGAAUUCAUAUAUGACAGCUAUUUGAUUUUUUUUUCAAAAGAAAGAAAAAUGUUACCAAAUAUUCUUAUCAAAUGUAAAGAUGGCCUUAUAUUAAUCUUAACACCUUUAUUAUUAUCACCAUUAUUAUGGUUUAAUUAUCAAUCUACGGAAUCACGAUGUGCUUUUGUCGUACUUCUUAUGAUUUUUUAUUGGAUAUUUCAACCAAUUCCAUUGGCCGUCACUGCAUUGUUACCUGUAGCUUUAUUUCCAUUGUUUGGUUUGGCAACUACUGAAAAAGCAUGUGAACCAUAUCUAAAAUCAACAAAUAUGCUUUUCAUGGCCAGUUUGAUUAUUGCUAUUGCAAUGGAAAAAAGUGGUUUUCACAAACGAAUAGCAUUUCGUGUACUUAUUGCCAUCGGAAAUGAUCUACGUAGUCUUUUUGCCGGUUUUAUGUUUGUUACAAUGUUUUUGGGUAUAUGGAUUAUUAAUACGGCAGCAACGGCAAUGAUAUUGCCUAUUGCUGAUGUUGUUGUCAGCGAAAUUUUCAAUAAUUAUCCACAAAAAAAUCCCGAAUUAGAAAUGAUCAAUGGAAAUCCAACAAGUAAUUCUAUCGAAAUUCAAAAAUCAGAUGUGAUUCAUAAAUAUUCAAAAAAGAUCUCGCCCGAAUUAAAUUAUAUUAAAAGGCUGCUUUAUAUUUGUAUUGCUUUUUCGGCAACAAUUGGCGGUACAUCAACUUUAACUAGCAAUGGACCGAAUUUAGUCUUUCAAUUUGUUUUAGAUGAAUUUUACGGAAAUGUACCUGAUGUUGAUUACACAAAAUGGCUGCUAUUCUGUCUUCCUGCCACUAUAUUGAGUGUAUUUCUUAGUUGGUGUUAUAUCACAAUGGUCUAUUUGCGUCCAAGAAUAAUUGCUCAGGUGAAAAAUACAUCGAAAACAACUUUGAUACAGAAAUACAAUGAACUUGGACCGAUAACAUUUCAUGAGAUUGCCGUAUGCACAACAUUCGUUACAUUGAUCAUUUUAUGGAUGUUUCGUGAUCCACAAUUUUUAACUGGAUGGUCAAGAAUGUUAGGACAUGAUAUCAUUCCAAAGGAUACAACACCAGCUAUAUUAAUAGUCAUUUUGCUGUUUUGCAUACCGAGUAAUCCACUCGGUCCAUUUCCAAGCGAAUCAUUAUUGGAUUGGACAUUUACUCAAUCUAAACUAGCCUGGGGUGUUAUUUUAUUACGUGGUGGAGGAUUUGCAAUGGCCGAUACUGCAUUGAGCUCUGGCCUAACAAGAUUGAUCGGUGAACAAUUGGUUAGAAUUAAUUAUUUACCUUUUUGGUCGGUUGUAGUGAUUGUUAGUUUGACAGCUUCCUUUACAACCGAAUUGGCUAGCAAUUCUGCUAUAGCUUCGGUUUUUCUUCCGAUUUCAGGCCAAAUGGCAUUGUUGUUGAACAAAAAUCCAUUAUUUUUUAUCAUACCGGUAACAUUAUCAUGUUCAUAUGCAUUUGUUCUUCAAGUUGGAACACCGGCAAAUGCAUUAGUUGCAGCUCAUGCAAAAUUAAAACCUUUUGAUACGAUAUUACCGGGAUUUGUUACCAAAAUUAUCUGUCUUUCGAUCAUGUUCUGCAAUCUCUACUUACUUGGAAUUCCAAUGUUUUCAUUGAAUUCCUUACCAGCAUGGGCAAAUACAACAUCGCUUGAGACAAUUUAAUCUUUUUUUUCCUGUGGCCUUUGCAUCAAAAUUUUAUAUUUUCUCAUUAAUAUUUUAUAGAUGCGCUUUUAAAAAAAUUGUUUACAAUUAAUUAAUUC